GCCUGGACACCUCAAAUAACAGUGGACCACAAAUCUUUCCAAAUGAAAAAAUUGUAGAGGAAGGCUCUGACAUCACUCUUUGUUGCAUUGGAAGGAAAGGUCAAAUGAUUAAGAACUUCUUUGUACUCCCAGCUGUGCAUGUUUUCAGUCACACAAACAGUCAAGCCAGACUUCUCACUGUGAAAAAUGUGACCCAUCAAGAAGUGCCUCACAUCACAGCCUAUUGUCAAGAGUCUUGCAAUGAAGAGCAAUGCUAUGAUCAGGCAGUUUUCUUAGUGGGUAAACUGCCUGAUAGACCUAGUGAUUUUUCCUGCCAAACUCAAGACCUGAGAACAGUAACAUGUACUUGGAGCCAAGGAGGAGACACCUAUCUCCAUGGACGUAAUUCCCCUAAAUACACCUUGUCUGAAGAGUUUUCCCAAAGAACGGUUCCGUGCACAGUAAGUUGUUCCAAGCAGUGCUCGUGUUCUUGGGAUAUAGGCCAGCAGAGGAUGUGUAAUAUCACAGUGACUGUGGAAAACCCACUGGGAAAGAAAACUGCCAUGGAUGUUUUUGAUGUAACUCACAGAAUUUAUCCCACUGCACCUUUCCAGCUGUCAGAAGAAUCCAAAGAUACAGAAAUCACAUUAUAUUGGAAACAUCGGAAUAAAGGAAUUGAACUCUUUUGUCAGACUGAACUGCUCCAACCUGAUGGAAAAGUAGAACUGCAUAAUAAUUCAGACAUGCAUCUCCAUUAUGCCAGCAUUGCCCUGGGCGGACUGCAGCCGUUCACCGAAUACACAGCCAGAGUACGCUGCGGGGCAGCUAAGCACUUCUGGAGGUGGAGCGAAUGGAGUGAAGCCCGAACCAUCAGAACAGGGGAAGCACCUCCGUCAGGGGAACUGGACAUCUGGAGAGAAAUUACACCAGUUCUGGGAGGGCGGAAUGUGACCUUGUUCUGGAAGCAAUCACCAAGUUUUCGAGCAAAUGGAAGAAGUAUUUCCUAUGAAGUAACCUGGGAAAAAGUAGAAGACGGCUCUAAGCCUGAAAGCAUCUCCUUUUCAUCAGUCUACAAUAGCACAAGGAUUUCCAUUGACAACCAUUCCUACAGAAUCAGUGUCAUGGCAAAGAACAGUGUUAACUAUUCACUUCCUUCAGUAUUGAUCAUCCCUAGAGCUACAGGCACUGAAGAAGAGCUCAGUGGUUCAGAGGUUAAAGAAGAACAGGUUAAUGGUUCAGCUGAUGGCAUUUUUGUUUCAUGGGAGCCCAGACAUAUAUAUGACAGUUACAUCAUCGAUUGGUGCAACUUCCCGAUGUUGCAGCCUUGUGAUCUGCAGUGGAAGAAAUUCGGGCCAAACACUUCCAGUGCUCUGAUCAACUCAGCUGCUUUUGUACCAGGGGUGAGAUACAACUUCCACAUCUAUGGAUCUGUUGCUAAUAGAGCCUGCUUACUGGAGAAGAAGACGGGUUAUCUCAGGGAGCUACCUACCCUCCUUGAUCCUACUGUGGAAAAGGUGGAACUGACUUUCAAUGCUGUGACACUGUCUUGGGAUUCUUACCGCACAAAUGAGUCCCAGCCUGGUUUCGUAAAAGGCUACCAUGUGUAUGUGUCACCUGUGCAAGGGGACUGCACUUUGAAAGGAUCCAAAAAACAUGUUCUUCCAGAUGAUUCAGUGCUAUGUAAAUACACAAUUGAAAACCCAGAGGAAAAGAGAUACACUGUGAAACACCUACGGUCAAACACAAAAUACAAACUAGUCGUUAAAGCAUAUACAGGUGGAGGAGAGACUCCCAUUGUUAACUUCAUACACAUAGAUACACCAUUUAACUCAAACAUGCUGUACCUUCUAGUCCUGCUAGUGAUAGUUCCGUCACUAGUAGCAGCUAUAUGCCGCUGGAAGAAGAAGUGGGUGAAGGAGUGCUGCUGUCCUGUAAUACCUAGUCCUAACAAGAGCAAAGUACUGUCAUUCAAAGAGUUUAAGACUGGUUCUGAGAAAGUGCUGAAAAUCAGUGACUGCAUUCCUGACACGGUAACAGUGGACGGUAAAGCCGAAGCCCAGAAACUACAUCUAUGGAGGCAGCUGUCUUCAGCACCAACAGAAGAUAAGAUUGGUCACAAUUCUUCCUGGAUUUACAUCAACAAAAACGCAGAGAGAGACUUUACACCCACACCUACACCUCAGAAUCAUACUUGGUUUGAAAAUUUUGCUUAUUCUUCUCAUCUUGCCGUUGAAUCUGAUCCCCAUCGCACACGGGACACACGCGAAGCAAGCAAGCCAGGACUGUCAGGAGUGCUGUACCAGCCACACUACUACUUCGAUAUUUUUAAUGACGAUGAUGCUGCCUCAACCCCCAGAGAGACAGCUGGCAGAAAGGCCAGUCUGCGAUACAUUUCACAAACAGACGUGCACUGCCUGGGGAGGAGGCUGUGA